UUUUUUUUUAUUGAGUUAACAGUGAAAGACAGGAAAACAUCGAUUGUUGGAAGACAGCAUGUUUGGUGGUAUGGAGAUGCCAAAUCUGGACUCGGAUGGGUUGAAAACACAGGCUCAGCACAUCUGGAGUAUGUUGGAUGACAUGGCUGCAAAUGACCCGGCUGCUUACAGGAAGUUUAUUGACAGACAGAUGAAGGAGGGUAAAGACACUAUGUCACCUCCAAAGCCCCACAUGUGUGUGCAGACAUGUACAUACAGUGCAAAGCAGCCAUUGUUUAUCAACUUCUGCAGCUGGCAGCGCAUUCCUGAACCUAAGACAGAGGAGGAUCCCACUGUGAUAGGUGGACAGCUACAGACUUUACAGGAUGAAAAUGAAAAAUACCAGCUUGUGGCUGUGUCAUUCCACCCAAAGGUGCUGGAGGAAUUUGGACUAGAUGCCAAGAAAGGUGAAGAACAAGAUGCACUGGUGAACUUAGCCAUUGAUUACCUUCAGGAUCAGCACAAACUGACUAUAUCAAGGCAGUACAAAAUUUUGCCCAGAGAAUUCCCCAUGAAGGGAUCUCUGGAAAACAUUCUACAAACGUUCAGGCCACAGACUGCAAAGGAAGAUGAAAAGUUUGAAAAAGAACUUGAUGAAUUAGAGAAAACUUUUGGGCCAAUGGUUGCUGGGGCUAAGGAUACCAUCCUCAACCAGUUAAAAAAUAUUUCAGUUAGCGACUCAGAUUCAUCCAGGAACAUCACAUCUCACCAACCAGAGAUAGUGUUAGAAACCAGCAAACUGAAUCCUCCAAUCAAGAAAGGCCUUAUUGAAGAUAUAGGCACUGAGUGUGGCGAUAAAAAUUCUUGUACCUGUCCAGAGUAUAGCUUGAAAACAGAAAAUAGCGUGUUAGUGAUGGUGGUGAGUUUGCCUGGAGUGACCACUGUCAGAGACUGUGAACUGGACAUCUCUGAGGACGAUAUAUCCCUGAGGGUUCCUGGGCAGUAUCAGCUUCACCUGAAGUUACCAGAGAGGAUACAUGAUGAGGAAGCCAAGGCCAAGUUCAACAAGAAGCUUGAGCAGCUAACCAUUCACAUGCCAACCAGGUGGCACAGGAUAGAAAGUCUCUCUUUUGAUACAUCAUCAUGAAUAUCAUCAUACACAUUUCCUAUUUCAGUUAUAAAAGGUCCUUUUCAUAUUUAUCAUCCUUUUCAUAUAUAAAGGAAAACUUUGACUGUACAUGAAGUAAUUUAUUAAAGUUUCUAGGAUUUAUCAUUUACAAUUUAUGUGUUACAAUUAUUUGAUGAUGGAGUGAAAGCUACAUUAGCUGUGGGGGCAUCAAAGAAGGAUGUCGUGGCUUUCAGAAUCUACCUCUAGCCAGGUAAAGGUGUGAAGUUAUAAGUUGUAGUAUGUUAUGCAUUACCUUGGUUACGCCGUACUCAAGAAUAUUUCACUGUUAUAUACGACGGCGGCCUGCAUUAUGGUGGGAGGUAACCAGGCAGAGAACGGGAAACUCAUGACCAUGUACAGGUUGCUCCCAGGUCUUCCCACAUACGACCGGAGAGUGGAUUUUCUUAAUCGGAGAAUGUAACUUAUUUAUCAUGGAGGGUAUUCUUUUUCCAUUCAUUCAUUAUUAUAAUACACAUGUCCACUAGGGCAAUAUUGUCAUGAGUUUUGAAUCAGACGUGUUUUUCGGGUGAUACAAACUAUGGUUUUGGUUGACAUUGUCGAGAACAUUUAUACACUGAUACACAGAACAAGGAAUGAAUAAAAUUGACGUCUUUCGGUGGAAAUGACUUUUUUAAAAAGAAUUUAUAAUCGAUUACUCUGCUUUCCAUUCUUUGAAAAAGUUGUAGGUUGAGGUAGUCCGGAAAUGGAGGAUUUCUUCCGCCCAAAGUAGUCCAUGUCUAAGCUUUAUAGCCUCUUGUAUUUGCCAUGAUGUAUUGUUGACAGCGAACUGAUAAUGUGUCUGUAGUACGAAUUCAUUGUUAGUGAUGUUUAGAAAAAAUAACCGAUUUUCAAUUUUUAACAUUUAUGACAUUGCUCUGACUUCGUGCACAUGGUCCUGAAAUUCGAUCCAGUAGCACGACGGUCUUAUUGCUGUGAAUGUACAAUACAUUAAAGUAAUUUCCCGUACGAUGGAAGAUCUGCCAGCAACCUGCGAAU